UAGCGACCGUACAAGAACUGGAGCAAUUAUGGCAGCUUCUUCUAUCUUUUCUAUCACAGCAAUGUUAUUACCAAUACUUGCCUGGGGUAUUAUUAAUCAGAGUUGGUCAAUUUCUCUACCUUUUAUUGGAAUAGUCUACAAACCGUGGAGACUUUUAAUAUUAGUUUGUGGAAGUAUUGGAUUGUUUGCUGGUCUAAUCAUGAUGCUGUUUCCCGAAAGUCCGAAAUUUCUUUUAUCAAAAGGAAAAACAGACGAGGCUAUUGAUGUCUUAAAGAAAAUGCAUAAAUGGAAUGUUAGAAGUGGAGACUUACAGAUAAGUGAAAUCACUGCUGACGAAGAAGACAUACAAGUACAAAAUGAUACUUCAUUGGAAAGUUCGAGUCUUUUAAGAGUUUUUCUACAAACAGUAUGGAAUCAGACUAUACCACUUUUUCAAAAGACUUUACUAAUACCUACUAUACUUAUUUGUACAAUUCAAUUUUGGAUGUGCGUUGGUAUUUAUGGAAUCUUUAUGUGGUACCCUAUCAUUACUGACAGCAUGGUGAGCUCAAUGAGUCAUAAUUCCCAAAAUGUAUCGAGUAUUUGUGAUGCUGUUUAUGCUAAGCAAGCUGAAACUUUGGCGAUAGAUAAAAACGUUCAACACUGCACUGAAAAACUUGAAGAUCGAACAUUUAUUUUCUCUAUUAUGAUGGAAUUCUUUUUCGGAAUGGGUUAUGUCGUCAUUGGAAUUUUGGUACAAAAAGUUCAAAAGAAACAUAUUUUAUUUGCUACAUUAAUUAUUUUUGGAACUUGUGGAGUAUUGACAAAUUUGAUCAACGAUAAAACAUUUUCUUUAAUUACAUUUAAUAUGUUCUUUAUAUCAGGAAUCGGAAUUCAGCUUUUAUGUGGAAUAACAAUCGAAUUGUAUCCGACACAUUUGAGAGCAAUGGCAAUUUGUAUUUCGGUGAUGUUUGGCCGAUUGGGUGGUGUUGCUGGAGCAAGUAUUACUGGUUUGAUGAUGGCUAGUAAUUGUGAGAUGACAUUUUAUAUUGCGGGAACUGGAUUGAUUGUGUCGGGUUUCUUAACGCUUUUGAUACCGAAAAAAGAAAAUGAAAAGACGGUAGAAAGUGUAGUUGAAUAAAUAAUUGGUUCAGAUUUCGAUGGAUAUUUUAAUGGAUAAGACUUUUUUGAGAUUUUAGAAAUCUGAAUUGAAAAAAAUUUGUAAAAAGUAA